AUGGCGGAAGGCAAUGACAAGAGCUCCAACCCCAUGCGUGAGCUGCGCAUCGACAAGCUGGUUCUGAACAUCUCUGUCGGCGAGUCUGGCGACAGACUGACCCGUGCCGCUAAGGUGCUUGAGCAGCUGUCUGGUCAAACCCCCGUCUACAGCAAGGCCCGCUACACCGUCCGCUCCUUUGGCAUCCGUCGUAACGAGAAGAUUGCCGUCCACGUUACCGUCCGUGGCCCCAAGGCUGAAGAAAUCCUCGAGCGUGGCCUCAAAGUCAAGGAAUAUGAGCUGCGUAAGAAGAACUUCUCCGAGACUGGCAACUUCGGCUUCGGUAUCUCCGAGCACAUCGACUUGGGCAUCAAGUACGACCCCGCGAUUGGUAUCUACGGCAUGGACUUCUACUGCUGCAUGACCCGCCCUGGUGCCCGUGUCGCGAGACGGAGACGGACAAAGGCCGCCGUUGGUCGUAGCCACAAGGUCCGCCGUGACGAUUCCGUCAAGUGGUUCAAGAACAGAUUCGAGGGCAUCGUUCGAUAA